GUGCCACUGGAAUAACAAUUCGGGCACUGAACUAUUUUUACAAGACGAACCCGACAUCCGCGGGUUUGUCGAUUUAUCUUCGCUGUGGCGGCUCCUGCCAUUCGCUCGCACAUUUUUAAUCGUAAAUAUACGCGAAACGUUUAGCUGUCAUGUUUGCACAAGAGACGUGUUGGUUUGCUUUAAAUUAGGGGACCAUCUUUCAAUAUACGAUCUUGGAGGUGAGCCCCACGGCGUACAGCGCUGCCGUCGGUCUGCAGUGCAGCAGCCAGUCAGUCAGUCUUACGGCUCACCGUUUAGCCUAAACAUGACCUGACCGUGGUGUUUCAGGCUCGUCCGCUCAUUUCUCCUGACCAGGUAAAGUAUGACCCUGUCAGGUUUGCCCCGUGCACUGUCUGGACUAAAAGCAACUUUUAACAUGCUACUAGGCUUCAAGGCGGAUACCGGCCGGCAGCUAGCUGCUGGCUAGGUAACAUUAAAGCAUGACUUGUUGUGGCUACAGGGAGGAAAGAUUUCAUUCCGCCUGUCACGGCGGUUCUUCUCUGUCUUUUAAAGGCGUUCAAAUGUCUAUUAUUCUUUUGCAGCGAACUGCAUUAAUUAGUAGGAACUGGUAUGAACGUGCUUCGACUAAUUAUUCAUGUACAUCCUGUCAGUGAAGCUGUGAGGGGAGGUGUUCAUAUGGUCUUACCUGUUUCUGUUUCAUGUGUUCAUUCUUAUCGGUUUAUUUCCCUAUUUAUUAUUUUAUUUUAGCAGAUAUUACUUCAUUUUAUCUUUCUUCUUUCUUGUGGUUGUUAAGAGUCAAGUCAUUUCCCUCGUGAAUGAUUAAAGUCUUAUGGCCAAAUGGCAGCAUCUUGGGGUUACACUCGCGAGAAUAACUGUAGGUAAAUAAUUACAUGAUGUGUCUUUCUUUGACACAAAAGACCUGGUUUAUUAUUGUUUUAUAGUAGAUCUUUAUUGUUAUUCAAAAAUACGCCCACAUGGACGAAAUUCUAAUGCAAAUGGCUCAAAUAGCAACUCUCAGUUAAAAAAAAAGAGUAUAAAACAACAAACCCUAAUAAAGUGCACAUUAGUAUCACCGUUUUCUUUCUGGAGAAAGGAAGGAAAGAGAAAUGUCAAGACAUUGAUGCAUGUAGUUUCCCCCAAGGCCAAGGCGUAGUCCUCAGAUGUUUGUCUAAUCAACAGUCCGCAUGCUAAAGAUGUUCAGUUGACUGUUAAUAACAGAAGAGGAGAAGCAGACAAACACAUGUGAGAUGACGGGACCAAAAUCGUUUAAACACUUUUGUUGCCGACGGCCUGAUUGUUUCCUUCGACCCACUGUGGCUCCACGCUGUCCUGCGGGCACCUCUGCCAAACUGUCAAUAGACCGUGUACACACAGUAAUUACUCUACAUAUCCGGAAACAACUGUGCACGGGCCGGUCACGAUCAUUAAAACGGCUCAAAAAUGAAUUGAACUCAGGGCCGGUGCUAAUGACUGUUUGCGGGCAAUCCAUUAACGAUUAAAUAAUUGACAUAUCAGAGUCCAAAAAAUGUGACAUUGCAAACUCCCACUGUCUGUUUUUCACUUUAAACAGACAAUGAUCCGAACAGUCAUCCUGGGCAGACGCAGACAGUGCAGAGGACGAAGUAAAGCUUAUUACUGGGAGAUACUAAGGCAGGGAUCUCGCUUUAUUCUAAGACCAGAUUUAGGGCAGUGUGUUGCCAUAGUGACCGUGUGCCACUCCGUCUGCCAGGUACGUAAUAAGGAGAUUAAUAUUAUGUCAUCCAACACCGCGGCGGACAGCGUGGACCUGUGUGUCCUUACAGGGCGCCGCGGUUUUCAUGUCUCUUUUCCAUCGCGUCGUUACAUAAUCCAGGUAUAAAUUAAAGAUGUUCGGUCCGACCAUCAACCGCAUCACCUGCCGCCCGUGUUUUCCCUCCCCACCUGGAUCCUGCCACAAACAGAUCAAGCACUUAUCCCUCCUAAUGUGUCAGACUGUGAAUUCAAAUAAGGGGCUGGUUCGUAUGAAAAGCACAGAACUGUGAGACAAAUAUUGAAUCAAACGCCGGUUUUGAACGCGGUAAUUUCACUGCAGGACACAGCGGAGGACGUGGUCCAUUUAGUUUUGGAGUGGGCUAUUUUUGGCCGUUCAAGAUGACUCAACUACGUACUUGUUUCACACCUCCUAUAGCCCAGUGCACACGUGGACGGGAUAAAUCAGCUGUCGCUAGAAUCCUUUGAGUUAUUGAGCCAGCAGCAAACUACACUCCCUUCUCACGGACUUUCUUGAAGCCACCGCAGGCACAUCUAAAACAUGACUACAAUCUAAAGUCUAGAGCAGCUUUCGUGCAGCGUAUUGCUUGGUUUUCACUUUGCUGUGUGUGAUAGAAACCAAACCAGUUUUGUGGCCCGUAGUAAGCAAACUGUAGCUUGUCUCGCAGCUUAGUGUCUGACUUCUGACCCUGAGGCGCACAGAGCUGAAAUUUAACUGGUAGCAGUGAGGAUAUUACAUGUCAUUCGUUUUAGUCACAUUUUAAACUGACCGGUUCUUACAGAUGGAUGAAUCCCGCCCCCCCCCCUCAGAGGUUACUGAGGAGCGGGUUUGAAGCUCGGUGUGGGGUGGUCCCAGAUAAAUCAAAAACAGGCAAAGAAGGUGUAAGUGUAAAUCUGAGGGCACUCACCUGUCACUCAAAGUGGACACACCCUUCUUUAAUCUUUAACUAAGUUUUGGUAUAAUUAAAAAAAAAAAAAUGCCCCCUGUACUGUUGCCAUGAAGGGAAAACAGGUAUUUUAACACCGAGGUCCUUGGGCACCUACCUGCCAAUGGGACAGGGGAUGCAAAAUUAGCCACCCGGCUGCAGUCCCAUACAUAUUUACAUAGUAAAUGUUCAGUAAUAUGUUUUUUUCUAAAAAAAAAAAAUAAACAAAUGAAUAAAAAAAAUUGUAAUUUCCCACGUGGAUCAUUAAAGUCGUCUAAGUCUAAAAAAAAAAAAAUGCCUCCCUAUAGGAGCCAGCCUCUAGUGGCCAUUUGAGGAACUGCAGUUUUGGCUGUUUCCUUCACUUCUCAAGUCUUAGACUUUAUUGUCCCCGUACGGAAAUUCUUUUCCACGGCCCAACUCCAUUCCACCACAGUACAGCACAGAGCAAGACGCACGUUAAAGGACACAAGAGACACACAUUUCUGGACAUUUCCGUUUGGUUCCAGCGUCUCACGUGUGAUUUGUCGCCCUUCUUUUUGUUUUGUUUUUAGUCGCAUAGAAGAAUUUUCAGUACCUUUUGAUAAGUAGUGGACCAAAUUCUUAAAUAGUACUUUAAAAACAUAAUUCUUGUCUAGUAGUGACUUGUCUUUGGUGAGGGGAUCAUUUUUAGAGUAAUCUCACUAAUGCUGAAUUAAUGUGGUUGUGAUUUAUUAAUGAGCCUCGUAAUGAAGAAAGAGGACAAAUCCUGCGUCGUCUUGUUUAGCCCAAACAGGUGACGCAAGUGCCACAUUUUCAUAUAUUCUUUUUAAACCUCCACAAAUGUGUAACCUACAGAACAAAAAUAAUACCCGGAUAUCGAUCCAUUUGAAUCUUCACUGGCCGUCACAGUUCCAGUUCAAGGUGACGAAAGACAGCAGCUCGUUGCCUGGUCCCCGAUCAGCGUCCCCCAUUAUUCAUGCCAUCCUAUUUUGGAGGAGCCGGAGUCUUAUCUGUGUAACCAAUACUCACUUUCAUGAAAUGAUGCCCCGGGAUCGGGUGGCCACUUUAUUUCCUCCGUAAGACGUUCACCCCUUUGCAUUUCCCUCUUACAGGGUUACCUCUCUGCUUCUCCUCUGCUGCUUUCUGAGAGCUUUCUGGCCUGUUGAUCUGGAUUUGCUUUGAAUUAUUCACGGGAGAAGUUUAUUUGUAUGGUCUGAUGGGCGGCACCCUUUACCCGAUAUCCCCCCCCCCCCGUCCUUGUCCGCCUUGAUGGACGCGUGUCGCACAGCGGAUGCUGCCGGCGGACUUGGAUGACCGCGGCGCUUUCUAGCAAUGGAAGACGAUACGCGCGGCCUCUAGUUCUGUACCGAGUCUCCUCGUAGGUCGCACCCGCGAUGGAAACCUCGGCGUCCGUCAGGCUGCGCUACGAGGAGCUCCUGUUCUACGCGGCCUGCGUUAGUCACUGCUGGUGUUUGUGUCUGUGCGUUUGUGUGUGUCUGGAGGGCAGAGUGUGUAGGAGGGGGGCAGGCGGAGGCGGUGGUCGUGGAGGCAUGCGUGUGGGCAGCAGCUGGAGGUGGCAGCUCUCCCGGGCCAUGCGUCUGUCGCUGCGCUGGUGCCGGCCGUGGCGCCCGCAGAGGGGAGGCCGCGGCCCCGAGGGCAAGGGGAGGCUCAGCGGCCGGUUCCUGGAGCUGUGGAGCUACGGCAAGCUGCUCCUCCGCUCGCUCUACUACAACAGCCUCAGCAACUCGGACACCCUGCUGGACUGCGUGUUCGAGCCCGUCUACUGGAUCGUGGACAACGUGACCCGCUGGUUUGGAGUGGUGUUCGUCUGUCUCGUCGUCCUGCUCACGUCCUCCGUGGUGGUCAUCGUCUACCUGUUUGUCCUGCCCACGAUCCUCAGCACCUACGCGCUGCACUGGAUCGUCUGGCACCUCGGCUGCGGCCACUGGCUUCUCGUCAUGGUGGUCUUCCAUUACUACAAGGCCACCACCACCUCCCCGGGACAUCCUCCUAAGGACAAACUUCAUAUCCCGUCCGUGUCCAUCUGCAAGAAAUGCAUCACCCCGAAACCUCCGAGGACGCACCACUGUAGCAUCUGCGACAUAUGUGUUUUGAAGAUGGACCACCACUGUCCCUGGCUGAACAACUGCGUGGGCCACUUCAACCACCGCUACUUCUUCUCCUUCUGCCUCUUCAUGACCCUCGGCUGCGUCUACUGCAGCAUCAGCAGCAAGGACCUGUUCCUGGACUCCUACGAAGCAAUCGAGAGCUACUACCAGACGCCUCCUCCCGACUACACCUUCAGGGAAACGGCCGCUCACAAGAGCAUCGUCUUCCUCUGGGUGCUGACCAGCUCGGUGGCGGUAGCUCUGGGAGGACUGACCCUGUGGCACGCCAUUCUCAUCAGCAGAGGAGAGACCAGCGUGGAGCGGCACAUCAACCGCAAGGAGGCCAACAGGCUGAGGGACAAGGGCAAGGUGUUCAGAAAUCCAUAUCAUCAGGGGAAAAUGAACAACUGGAAGUUACUGUUUGGUGUAGAGGAAACGAGGCACUGGUUCACACGCGUCCUCUUACCCUCCAGCCACCUGCCCAGUGGAGACGGAAUGAUGUGGGACUACAUCUUCGCCAGGAGAGACCCCAUGGCCAUCUGACCUUUUUUUUUUCCUUUCAUUAAUUGUAUCCAAAUCUUCAGCCGUGCAGUGACACCACAGAGCAGCGUGGCUGAUGUGUGGCUCAUUUCAUUAGUCUUAGCCUUGUGCAGUAGGAAUAACCUGUGACCGAUUGGAUUUCCAGGUGCUGCCGGCCGGCGCCUCCAUCACUUCUUUCUCCCAGACUUUAGAGAAGACAGGACUAAGUUAACCUGCCACGCGUUUCUUUGACUGAAAGUCUUGCACCGACGUAAGUAGUAUGAAACAGAUCUCGUGGGUAUUAAAGGUGCUAUGUGUUGUCAAACGUCACGUUGUAAACUGAUGCUGUAGAGUGAUUAGUGUGACUGGUGACUAGUGUGUUUUAUUUCCCAUCUGAAACGGCUUUGAUUGUGCUGUAAAGCAGACAUUUAAAAGGAAGACUGAGAGUGGAGGUGUCACACCAGCUGAUUGUGCUCAUGAUUCAUUGAUGACACAAGUGCAAAGCAUAGCACCAUUACCCACUGAGACCGUCUAGACCCCAACUCUUCAGAUUUAAUCUGUUUGUGUCCCGGCGUGAGGACAGACUCAAGUUCUCAACAUGUGUGGGAACCACAUCAUGAAAUAUUUUAAAUAUUAAUUUAUGAUUUGUUUGUGAAGUGUCCUUUUUUUUUUUAAACUUCAUUUGCACUGAUCAGCCACAACAUUAAAACCACUUGACAACGUGAUGUUCGGCUUGGACGCCUCGGGUCCUGACAUCCACGUGGGCGUUACUUUGACUUGUAUCUAAAUUUGGUUGCAGAUCAAGCACAGUCCCUCUGACACCAGUGUCCCCCGUCCCCCCAACAUGUCCCACCACACAGAAACAUGGCAGAGAGGCGCUGCCCGGCCUGUAAACGCUCCACAACACAGCGCGACAGUACGAAGCAGGGGGCUUUAAUGUGGCUGAUCGGUGUACGAUCACAUUUUGCGUUUUGACAGCUCGUGUGCUGAUGAGAUCGGACUCCGUUCCGAUUCUGGUGCCAAAGAAGAGCAUAAAACCAAGACCUUGAUUCACUUUUCUGACCUUAUUCAGUUUAGCUAACGGGUUGCAAACGUUUCUGUUGUCGACCAUCCUUUCUCGGACACUGUUAAAGAAGUUUGUUUUUUGUGCCUUUCUCGGUUGAAAUUGAGCCAUUAAAUAAGUGAAUCAGGCACUGUGAAAUAUGAUUUUUUUUUAAUUCCCUGUUAGAUUUUUCACAUUUGUAUCAGUAACAUCAUGAUGGAGCUUGAAUCCGUAGUUGCCAUUAGAAACGUCCAGCUGUGAUCUCAUCUGUAACCAGUGGGAGCUGUGCUCCUCUUUGAUUUAUCGUCUUUUUAAAAUAAAAACUGUUUUGAUAAUU